AUGAAGGCAGUCGCCCACCGCCUCUCCAAAGUGAAGCUCAAGACGUUCAAAGUCAGCUACUCGCCCACCUACACAAGCUACAUCAUCAACCACAUCGCAGCGAACCCCUCGCACCCCCUCUACCUCGUGCAGCGCCGCCGCAAGCAGGAGCUCAAAAAGGAAGGCCUGUGGUGGCACGCGACCAAUGGCAUCGACAUCUCAAAGUCCGGCUGUGUGAGGACUUGGGCCCGGCGACGUCUGCGCCAGGCGUUUGUGGAGGAGCUGAAGCAGAAGGGGUACGAUGAGACGGGCAAACUCGUCGACGCCGCUGCAAUGCAAGACCGAAGAGACGUGAUGAACGUCGUGAGGUUGGGCAAGAGUGUUGACCUGACCGGGAGCCUGAGGAUGCACGGUGUAGGGCCACUCAUACCCGCAAAGUUUGAGACUGUGAAGGACGAGGUGCGCGGCGUCAUCGACGCGCUGAUACAGAGUGCUGUCGACACUGCGUUGGGGCUUGCUGGCGAGGGUGAGAAGAGCAGUGGGCUUGGGCAAAGGUCGGCGCGCGCUGGAGCUCCUGAGCAGGCUCGCAGACCGCAGGAGAGGAGGCCGUUAGCUGUGCCGUCGGGGCCUAGAAAGAAGCUGCAUGUCACGGCAGAGCCGUCGCGGAUGAAACCGCAGACAGCGUCUUCUGGACGUCAGACUCGCACCCGAGGCCCGCCUCCUGGGUCUGUCGAGAGAGGAACUGCAUCCAAGCCUCUGCAGACGAAACCACAAACGAAUGCCACAAACCAGCCGGAAACAGCCAGGACCACACAUGAUGCGCACAGACAGUCUCCAGCUCGCACCGCGCCUCCACGGGCUCGCGUUCGAAGGUCAGUCACAGAACUGGAUCGUGGAACAGGAUUGCGCAUUAUAUCGAAAAACCGCAGUGGAUGA